UGUAGCGAGAGAGGAGAUGGGGGUUCCUGUAAUAGACGUGAUGAAGCUAAGAGGAGAGAAUAGAGAACAUCAGAUGGCCUUACUUGGUGAUGCAUGUGAAAAUUGGGGCUUCUUUCAGAUAGUGAACCAUGGCGUGGAGAUAAAGGUGAUGGAUAGGCUCAAGGGGUUAAUGAAUGACCACUAUGAGGAGUACAUGAAGCCCCAAUUCCAAUUCCAUGACUCGCACGUGCAAAAUGAGUUAGAGAGGUCUCCUUCUUACGUGCGCAGCUUUGGGGACUGGGAGUGCAGCUUCUUUGUGAAACACAUGCCAACCUCCAACUUAACCCUCCUUCCCCAAAUAUCUGAUGAUCUCAAGCAAGCCAUCCAUGAGUAUGUUGAAGAGGUGAAGAAGGUGGCAGAGAUGAUGCUGGACCUGUUUUGUGAGAACUUAGGGCUAGAAAGAGGGUAUCUGAAGAAGGUGUUUUUGGGGUCGGAUGGCCUUCCGAUGCUGGGCACGAAGCUUGCGAAGUAUCCGGUCUGCCCUAGGCCCGACCUGGUUCGGGGUCUACGAGCCCACACUGAUGCUGGGGGGAUCAUUUUCCUGCUUCAAGAUGAUCAAGUUCCGGGUCUUCAAUUCGUCAAAGAUGGGAAAUGGGUGGAUGUCCCUCCACUGGCUAACUCCCUGUUCAUCAACAUUGGUGACCAGUUGGAGGUGAUAACAAAUGGGAGAUACAAGAGCAUGUUACACAGGGUGUUGGCAAGGGAAGAUGGCAGCAGGCUGUCUAUCGUCACCUUCUACAACCCCGCAGAUGAUGCAGAGAUAGGCCCCGCCCCCGAGCUCACCUACCCGUCCAGGUUCAGGUUCGGGGAAUACAUGAACAUCUACGCCUCCACCAAGUUCUCAGACAAGCAACCCAGAUUUGAAGCUAUGAAAAAGCAUGCAGUAGAUACUCCACUUCUUGUCUAGGGUUUGAGGGCAUUGUGCUUCAAUUAAGUUCUGGUUUUUCUUUCUUUCUUUUUGUACUGGUUUGCAAAUCAGCAUUUUGUUCUGGUGGGAUUGCGAUAAAGACUGCAUGUACUUGGGUUAGCCGGAUAUUAUUUCAG